AUGGAGGCCGAAUCGGAAGUAAUUAAAGAAAAAAUUCAUACCGAUCCUAUUCUAAACGAUCCACGAUACAUAACCUUAUUAAGUGUGAUAUUGCUAGUUGUUACUUUAGUAUUUUGGUGGUGUUUUUCGAGACGUCGGGCGCAGCGUAACUCUGUCUUACUUACUGGACUCUCAGAUGUUGGCAAAACCCUUUUAUUUGUAAGACUUGUUUAUUCGCAAUACAGACAAACAUUUACUUCAAUGAAAGCAAAUGUUGAAGAGUACAUCACAUCUAAUAAUACAUUGAGAUUAGUUGAUCUUCCUGGGCAAGAGCGACUAAGAAAUAAAUUCUUUGAUCAAUUCAAGAACAGUGCAAAGGCUAUUGUAUAUGUAGUUGAUUCUGUCACAAUACAAAAGGAAAUUAGAGAUGUUGCAGAAUAUCUUUAUACAAUUUUAGUGGAUCCAGUGAUUCAGAGCAACUGUCCCCCUUUACUAAUUUUAUGCAACAAACAAGAUCAGCCAAUGGCUAAAGGCAGUCAAGUUAUCCGGAGCCUGCUUGAAAAGGAAAUAAACUUAGUACGCGUUACGAAAUCAAGUCAACUCCAAGCAACAGAUUCAUCUCAAUCAAGCAACACGUACCUCGGGAAACUUGGCAAAGAUUUUGAGUUUUCUCACUUAAGCUGUGCAGUUGAACUUAUAGAAUGUUCAGCGAGCACUGGGGAUGAUGACAGUCCCACAGACAUCAAACCUCUUCAAGAUUGGAUCUCACAUCUGUAG